GGAGUCUGAUCCCUGAUCUUGAGGGAGGAGGGCAAGGUCUGGAUCCUGGGUCUGAGGGAGCAGGCUUGAGGUUUGGGUCCCUGGGUCUAAGGAAGGAGGGUUGGGGUCAGGAUUCUUGGGUCUGUGGAGGGAGGCUUGGGAUCCAGGACUCCCUGGUCUGAGGGAAGAGAAGGAAGCUGAGAUCCUUAUUUUUUUCUGAGGGAAAAGGAAUUGGGUUCUCUGAUUAAACUUUUCUCUGCCUUUCCCGCCUAGUAUGGAGGGACCCAGUACAGCCUCGUGGUUUUCAACACUGUGGACUGCGCCCCAGAGUCUUAUGUGCAGUGUCACGCUCCCACCAGCAGCGCCUAUGAGUUUGUCACCUGGCUGGAUGGCAUUAAGUUCAUGGGUGGGGGCGGAGAGAGCUGUAGCCUCAUCGCAGAAGGCCUCAGCACAGCCCUGCAGCUGUUUGAUGACUUCAAGAAGAUGCGGGAGCAGAUUGGCCAGACACACCGAGUAUGUCUCCUUAUCUGCAACUCACCCCCAUAUCUGCUGCCUGCUGUUGAGAGCACCACAUACUCGGGGUACACGACUGAGAGCCUCGUCCAGCAGAUUGGGGAGCGCGGGAUCCAUUUCUCCAUUGUGUCUCCUCGAAAGCUGCCUGCCCUGCGGCUCCUAUUUGAGAAGGCGGCUCCCCCAGCCUUGCUGGAGCCUCUGCAGCCUCCGACAGACGUGAGCCAGGACCCGAGGCACAUGGUGCUGGUUCGGGGGCUGGUGCUGCCUGUUGGGGGUGGCUCAGCCCCAGGCCCCCUCCAGCCCAAGCAGCCAGUCCCUCUGCCUCCUGCUGCCCCUUCAGGUGCCACACUGUCCGCUGCACCCCAGCAGUCCCUGCCCCCAGUCCCACCACAGUACCAGGUCCCUGGGAAUCUGAGUGCGGCUCAGGUGGCUGCCCAGAACGCAGUGGAGGCUGCUAAGAACCAGAAGGCUGGGCUGGGCCCGCGCUUCUCGCCCAUCAAUCCGCUUCAGCAAGCAGCCUCAGGAGUGGGGCCCCCCUUCAGCCAGGCCCCGGCCCCUCCGCUACCCCCAGGACCCCCUGGUGCUCCCAAGCCACCUCCUGCUUCCCAGCCCAGCCUGGUCUCCACUGUGGCUCCUGGCCCCGGCCUGGCCCCUCCGGCACAGCCUGGGGCGCCAUCCAUGGCAGGCACCGUGGCCCCAGGUGGAGUAAGUGGCCCUUCACCAGCGCAGCUUGGGGCUCCAGCCCUCGGUGGGCAACAGUCAGUCUCUAAUAAACUCCUGGCCUGGAGUGGGGUUCUCGAGUGGCAGGAGAAACCCAAGCCUGCCUCGGUGGAUGCCAACACCAAGCUGACACGGUCACUGCCCUGCCAGGUCUAUGUGAAUCAUGGAGAGAACCUGAAGACUGAGCAGUGGCCCCAGAAGCUGAUCAUGCAGCUUAUCCCCCAGCAACUGCUGACCACCCUGGGCCCUCUGUUCCGGAAUUCGAGGAUGGUCCAGUUCCACUUCACCAACAAGGACCUGGAGUCCCUCAAAGGCCUCUACCGCAUUAUGGGCAAUGGCUUUGCAGGCUGCGUGCACUUUCCUCACACGGCCCCCUGUGAGGUGCGCGUGCUCAUGCUCCUGUACUCGUCCAAGAAGAAGAUCUUCAUGGGCCUCAUCCCCUAUGACCAGAGCGGCUUCGUCAACGGCAUCCGGCAGGUCAUCACUAACCACAAACAGGUCCAGCAGCAGAAGCUGGAGCAGCAGCGAGGGAUGGGGGGGCAGCAGGCACCCCCUGGUCUGGGCCCCAUUCUGGAGGACCAAGCGAGGCCCUCGCAGAAUCUGCUCCAGCUCCGCCCACCUCAGCCCCAGCCUCAGGGAACUGUCGGGGCUUCUGGGGCCACAGGGCAACCUCAGCCCCAGGGUACCACCCAGGCGCCCCCAGGGGCUCCCCAAGGCCCUCCUGGAGCAGCCCCUGGCCCACCCCCUCCUGGACCCAUUCUUCGACCCCAGAAUCCUGGGGCCAACCCUCAGCUACGGAGCCUCCUCCUCAACCCACCACCGCCCCAGACAGGGGUGCCCCCACCCCAGGCCUCCCUCCAUCACCUCCAGCCACCAGGGGCUCCUGCACUGCUGCCCCCACCGCAUCAGAGCCUGGGGCAGCCCCAACUGGGGCCACCACUUCUGCAUCCACCACCCACCCAGUCCUGGCCCACACAGCUUCCCCCACGGGCACCACUGCCAGCGGCAAAACGAAAGAGAGAAGGAGAGGGCCGCGUGUUUCGAGAAAAAUGGGAACGAGACUAUUUCUUUGUGGAAGUGAAGAGCAUGCCUACGUGUUUAAUAUGCAAAAAAAUCAUGUCUGUGUUGAAAGAGUACAACCUGAAACGCCAUUACGAGUCCCGGCACAGUAAGAGCUUCGACCAGUACACAGAGCAGACCCGGGACGCGAUCCUCAGCGAACUGAAAAAGGGACUCAAGUGUCAGUAGGGUUUGCUUUGGAGACUGAAGAAUAGAAGCGGACGGCUGCCAGGAGCAGUUCUGAAAUGACAUGAGAAGAACGACCUGGGCAUUAAAACCUGCAGCGGAUUGUGAGUUGGUAAAGAGGAGCAGGCUAGCGUCCAGGACAGCAGCACCGCUGUGCCAACUGUUGCUCGAGUCUAAUGGGCAUUUUUGUCGCACAGUGAAUUGAAGAUAAAUCAAAAGGCUUUACAAGUCCAGUUGCCUCAAAGAAUUGAAUCAAUUGUGGCCUUUUCCUAUCGCUGCUCAUAAACUAUUACCAUCCAGUUAGCUUUAUUUAUUUGUGGUGUUGAGAAUUUUGAUGUGACCGAAGAAGUCUGUGAUGUGGUGCCGAGGCAGGCCCAGCGCUGGGGGAUGGCUUACUUUUUGUGUAAAGAGAGAAUUGAAGAGUUUCAUAUGUCCUGGUCAGAAUUCUUAAGCACAGCUACAGACAGUUGUAGUAAAGCUGUCACUGGGGGAUGUGUCCAGGUGCCUUGAUCCAAAGUGGCAGCAUUUGGCAAGGACAUAGAGGUCAGGUCCUUGCCUCAAUCACCAGGCAUUGAAUAGUUCUGAGAAGCUCAGUAGAGCCCACCACGGAGGCCCUUGACACUUACAGCCUCUGUUUGGCCACCGGUGGGUUGAUGGUGGCUUGACCAGGUGUGUUUCACAGAAGCGCCACAACCUGGGUGUGGAAGAACGCCAACUGCUGAAGUUCAUCAUCUGGGUUCAUUUCAGGUUACACAAAAGCCACACCUCCUAAUAAGGUCAGUUGGAGACUUCUGGUCAAGGUUACAACUCUUUGAACACUGAAUGUGUCUCUGUAGAAACAUUCACAAACCACUCCUUGAAUGUAUGAUAGUACUGGCCCAGUCCUGCAAAAAGGGGGAAGCCACUGGCAAAGAAUAAUUUGGCACCUUUUCCUUUGCUACAGUUGGUUUCUUGAAAGUGGUGGCCCGGACUGCAUCCCCCCAGAUUGUGGGGUCAGAAAUCAAGUCCCCAGAGGCUUCCUGCAUCCACACUUUGUGAAAACGAACUCACACCGUCUGGUUUGCGUUUGUUGGUGGGUGUGGAUCGAGUAGAGUAGUAGUUUCUAAACUGCAGUGCGAUGGGCACUGGUUCCUAGAUGGAGUUGUUUUGGAAGAUUGGGAGAUUCUGCCACUGUCUAGAAGUUGACCCGAAUGUCCAUAUUUGGGGUACCCACAUGUGUGAAAAGCCAGCUGCUUCCGUUAUGAACCUGAAAAAACUACCGCUUCCAGUUGAAGGAUUCAAGGUUGAAUUCCUAACUGCUGUCCCACUGUGCCAUCACCCUCGCUGACACCGACAACUUGGUGUGGAAGGGAAGAUGUCGGCCUCCCAGCCUCAGCUCAAAGGAGCAAAAGAAUAACAAAAGAAAAAAAUUUUAAUAAUUAAAUAUUUCUAUUUUUCAAUUUGUAUUUUUUCAAUUUUGAAUUUAAAAUAUAAACUCCAGUAUCAUACAUGUUUGUAUUAUGUUCCAUGCCUUCACCAUAGUUCAGUAAAGAUCCAAUUUGAUUA